AUGGAUGGGAGUCCAGGGAGUUCAGUUGUAUCCGAUGCCCCCUCAGAAAAAGAAAAUCUUGAAGUCACUAUUGAUGCCCUUCAGCAAAAAAACGACAGGCUGAAGCUUCUAUUAAUCAAGCAAGGUCAGCACACAAAGUCAUUAAAAUCCAAGCAAGAAGAACUAGAAAACGAGAAAGAAGCUCUACACAUAAAGCUAGCAGAAACACAAGGCAGACUCAAUAAACUUCUAAAAUAUGAGCCACCUAAAGAAGAAGACAUCAUCGAGAUCUUGGCAAGAGUUAAAAUUGACACAGAAAUCUAUACAUGCUGGAGAACUAGAAAAGGGAACUAUUGAUGUGUCGAAGGAACUUUUGUAGCAAAAGGGCAAAAUCCUGAAGUUCUUGAUAACUCUUGCAAUAAAAAAAUCCAAGCUGAACAAGCAGCUAAUAUUGUUAGGCAAUAUGAAGAUAGGAUGAAGAGGCUCCAAGAAAACAUGGACGCCUAUGAAGAAAAAAACCAAACUUUACAACAAGCUUACAGAGACCUUCAAAUCCGCUUUGAUGAAAUAGAAAGCCGUGAAAAAUCCCGCCCAGUAGGACUAGUCCGGUGCUUAAUUGACGAAAGCGCAGAACUAUACGAAAAAGUUAUGGGAUUUGUAUUAGACGAUGAAAUUGAUAACAAUAAGCUCAACUCAAUGCAAAAAAGUAUCAGCAAUUUUGUAAAAAAAACUUCAGAAGGAGAUGCUUUAGAUUUAAGAGAACAUUUAGGGACAAUCCAAAGAAGCCUUGUUGAUAUCACAAGAAGGCUACUUCACGCUAGAAAUGAACUGCAGACACAGGAAAAAGCAUGGAGAGCCACUUGUGAUGCUUUAAUGCAUGAAAAGGAAGAAAUGAAAGUCCAAAUCUCAAGACUUAAAGUAGAAAUGAGCAAAAAACAAGAGGAGUUUCAAGGGACACUCAUGCACCUACAGCAAGAAAAAGAUUUUGUGGCACAAGAAAAAAGCAGAGAAAUAAAGCAGUUGCAGUCAGAAAUAAAAAAAUCAAUAAAUGUGCCGUAUCUUAAGCAUGUGCUGAUACAGUAUUUCUGUACAGAUGAAUUGGAUGUACAGGACAGGCUUAUUAAUGUGCUCUCAACUCUUUUACAAUUUGCUCCGGAAGAGAUGACGAAAAUUAGAGAGCAUAGGAUGCCAAAGGGCGUUUUAACACGAAUUCUAAAAUGGUAA